UUCAAAUUGUUAAACAAUAUUCGUCAUGUUAAAGGAUUUUAAUUCGUUUAUUCAAUAGGAAGCAUUUACGAUAUUGUAACAAUGAAAACUUUAUAUUGGGAUUUAUUUUAUGUCAAUUUGGCGGUUUUUCAUGUUCAGACACGAAUUAAAUAACUAGUGUUUUAUUUUUAUGCACAAUAGACACUACUAAAUUAAAAAAGAAUUACAUGUAAUAUAACAUAUUAUAACCAGAACUAUGUCUUAUUUGUGAAUUCACCAUAGUAUGUGUUUAAAGAAAAAACAUUGGACAUUUCGUUGAAUAAAUUUAAAAUGGAAGUCUCUGGACGUAAGGAAUCUUCUGUUAGAUUAUGCCAACCGUGCCAGCGUGACGGUGAUACUGCACAAGCAGAGGGUUAUUGCGAUAACUGUAAAGAGUUUAUAUGUUCAUCGUGUAUCAAGGCACACCGGAAGUUGGCAACUACCAAACUCCACGUAAUUAAAUCCAAAGAUGAAAUGCCGACAUAUCAGACACAAAGCGACCCGUGCACUGAACUGUGUGAUGUUCAUGUAAACGAAAUAGUAAAGUUUUAUUGUCAAGAGCACGAUAACGUUGGUUGUGGAGAUUGUAUGGUACUUCAACAUACCUCUUGCAAGGUUCAGCUCGUUUCAGAUGUAUCUAGUAACUAUGACAACAGUGUGCACCUAAGUUUAAUUAAACAUAGAAUUGAUCACCUCAGGAAAAACCUUGAUUCAUGUAAAAAAGAAAUAAAAUGCAGUCUGAAAGCAGCAGAUCAAAUAAAGACCGAGGUAGUCAAAAAAGUCAAGCUAUUUCGUAAAGAACUGGAUGAUUAUCUAGACAAAAUGGAAGCAGACCUUUUACAAAAAGUAGACGCAAUAAAUGAUAGAGAUGUAUCAUCACAGAAAAAGCUUCAAAAUCAGUGCGAGGUAUUAUCUGAUGAAUUAAAAGAAAUUCAAAGAAAAUUGGACCAGUGUAAAGACAAUGUCAACAAUUUGUUUGUGACAUCUAAAGGUGUACAGAGAAAAUUGGAAAAAUGUCAAAACAUUAAUGAAACCAUUUUUGCCAAAAGUCAGAUAAACACUUUGAAUUUUAAAGUAUCGGAAGACUUCGAUACCAUGAAGCAACAUAACACUCCCUUCGGCAGUCUUACAACACAAGUAAAAACAUUUUCAGGGCAAUUCAAGAAAUGUAUUAAUGACAUGAAGGUACAUUUUGUUAACAAAGUAAAUUGCCAGGCAGAAAACGAAGGAAAUUGUUGUAUAUCAGGAAUCACAAUUAUAUCUGAAGCGGAAAUUUUGUUAGCAGACGGCGCCAACAAAUUAAAAAUUCUAAAUAAUAAGGAUGGUAAAGUCACCUCGACACUGAAAUUGUCAGAUACAACCGGAGGCAUAACCACAAUCAGUUCAUCAUCUGCUGCAACAUGUUUACCAAUUAAAGGCAAAAUCUUGUUUGUGAAUACGCAAAAUGGUUUGACUGAAAGUCACAGUCUUGAUGUCAGGAAAAGAUGUAACUCUAUACACCAUCGCAAUGGUAUAUUGGCAGUGUCCUUUGUUAAACCUCCCGCUGUUCAGAUAUUGGAUAUGGAAGGUCAGAUCCUUCAUGAGGUUAAAGAUGCAAGCAUAUUGAAAUAUCCACGAUUUGUUUAUCUAGGUACAGAAUAUGAUAAUAUGUUUGUGUCUGACAAAGACAACCAUGUCGUGUACAAAUUUACACUCCAGGGAGAACUGAUAACUCAAAAUAAAACCGAUAAUAAUGAUAAACCAGCAGGCUUAACAGUUACAAACUGCGGAUGUGCUGUUGUUUGUUAUCCAAAAAAGAGCGAUUCGCUCGGAGUCAUUGUACCUGAUACAUGUAGGAGAAAGAUUCUGCCUUUCAAUGUGCAGCAUGUAUUGGAGCCACUUUAUGUCGACAUUUCUGAAGCGCAAAAUAAAAUGUUUAUCAGUGAAUUACCGACUUCUGUGGACUGCAAUUUCAUUAAAAUAUUUGACUUAAAGUAAAAUUUAGGGCUCUGUCAGAAAAUCAAUAUGUUUAUUCAUUGGUGUGAAUAUUGUUUGUGUGUUUGACUAGUGUCCGUGCCAACGUGUGAUAAAGUUUCAAAGUGUCAAAGUUUCUUUAUAAUAUCUUCAGUUUAUCUUUAUUGAGACACUAUAUACACUUUACGAAAAGGGAGGAUAGGAUUAAUAAGAGUAGUCACACAGAUAAAUGUUUUGUAAACAGCACUAAUAGCAUUUAUUCAAUGUUAUAAAUUGUGUUGUAAAUAAACAGAAUUUUUUUUACUUCAUAUACUUUGUAAAAAUAUAUGUCCCCACAUUAUAGACGUUUAAUGUGACACAAUUAUGUUCAGCAUUAAUUCAAUGUUAUAAAUGAUGUUUAUGUGGUACAUAUACUGCACGCUUUUUCACUGGAUAUAAUUUUUAAACAGAUGUACCAUAAUCAUUACGUUAUAGAGAAAGAAAAAAAAACAUUAAUUAUGCGACACAAUUAUGUUCAGUAUUUAGUCUUAGGUUAAAAUGUGGUCUGGUUCUUUGAAAAUUGCAUGCCGUCAAUGGAAAUCUGCUAGUAACAGUAAUAUUUUAUGUUUUAGGGUUCGAGUGUCCCAUUUUAUAAUUAAUAAUAAUUUAAUGUAUAUUCUUAGUGG